CAUCCGCGCCUGUUGCUCUCCAAGCGGCCGGAAGUAGGCAGGCAGGCAGCAUAUCAACGUUCCCUUGUACCGCAGCUCUGAAUUUGUUUGUGCGACGUGUUCCAUCGUGACAUAAUUUAGAGAGACCUCCACAAAGGCUGAAAAAGGAAUGAUCGGGUAGAAAGGAGUUGAAUGCUACGGUAUGUUUGAUUAAGUUUGUUAUUCUCAGCGUUUGGGUCAUACAUGGCAGAUUCUGAGCCAGCAAGAAAUUUCUGUCAAAUCCGAUCAAAUUCGACACUUGGGAGUCUUUUAAGGAACUGGGAGGCCUUGACCCAAGAUCACGUAGAGACCUUUGGAGACCAACAGCCGCAAGAUGAACGCGCGUCCAACAGCGCAGGCCGAACCCUGACCUGAGAUGCACAUUUGCGACAAGCUCGCAAUAUAGCGCAAGCGUUUCAAAUGGUCAGCACGCUCCACAUCGGGGAUAUCUCGGUGAAGUGCCGACACUUUUCAUCUUGGGUUUGGCAGAUGCAGUCAUCUGGCGAAAGCAUGAAUGCUGACGACUGCAACGGAUGCGCUCACUCGACGGACGGCCCAAACGGUCAACGGGCCUUGACUCGUCGCUCCCACGCGGAAAAGCCCGUCGAGGUGGAGCCGCGCGCUGAAGAAAAACCGCCGCCGUCACCCAACCGAGCGGAGCCGACGGAGGACGCCUCCAAAAGCGCUUCGCCCGGACCCGUCCGACUUCCCAACGGAAAGUUCCAAUGCGACGUGUGCGGGAUUAUUUGCAUCGGACCCAAUGUGCUGAUGGUGCACAAGCGAAGCCAUACAGGCGAGAGGCCUUUCCAAUGUAACCAGUGCGGCGCUUCCUUCACCCAGAAGGGCAACUUGUUACGUCACAUCAAGUUGCAUUCCGGAGAGAAACCCUUCAAGUGCCCCGUUUGCAACUACGCUUGCCGGAGGAGGGACGCCCUCGCCGGACAUCUGCGCACACAUGCAGUUUCUUCGCCACUUGGGGGAAAGCCUUUCAAGUGCAUCUACUGUAGUCGCAGCUACAAACAGCAGAGCACAUUGGAGGACCAUUUCGACCGCUGCCACACUUUUCUCAAGAACCAGGACCAUAAGGCAGCGGUCAACUCCAAGAGACUACAACAAGAUGAUCAGUCUCUAAAUUUGGAGACGACGGCUGAACGCACAUUGGACACGUCCAGCGGGAAAGCCCAGUUUGCGGGUAGAUUAGGAGUUAGCAUCACCAAGCGCAAGAGGUCAACGCCACAGAAGUUUCUGGGUCAUCCAUUGACCUUCACUGCUGUUUGGGAUUCCCAGCUGACAAGCGCAUCCAUCUCGAAGUCCCGUGUGACUUGUCGUCCGGUUCCGAGAGGGAAGGGGAGCAACCGAAGCCCCAUGACGUCGCGUUUGAUCCCGCCUUCUCGUGUGAGCUACGCGCCAUCCUGGGCUCCGCUAACAGCAAGGUGCCGCCUCAAGGAGCCCCGGGCGGACUCUCGCUGCCGCCUCUCGGCCCGCCCCCUCAAGAAGCAGGCGAAGGCUGCGACGGUCUCCCUUCGCUUCACAGCCACGCCACCUCACCCGACGGAUGUCCCGACUCGACGGAUACGGAGAGCACAGCGGAAGACCUCAGCGCCAGGGCUGCGGUCCAAACACGUACCUCGAACAACAACCAGCACCUCCACUACCAGAGCCUGGCGCUGCCCUACGGCCUUUCCGGCCCGGAAUGGGAGCGAGUGGGCCCUUCGCCUCCCGCCUCGGCCAAGAGGGGCGUGGGCGCACCGCUCCCGUCCGGCGAGAAAUUGCGGGUGUUGGACAGGGACGGACGCCCCGUGCGCUGCUUCCACUGCCGCCACUGCCGCAUCCUCUUCCUGGAUCACGUCAUGUUCACCAUCCACAUGGGUUGCCACGGCUUCCGCCGGCCCUUCGAGUGCAACAUCUGCGGCCACUGCAGCCGGGACUGUUACGAGUUUUCCUCGCACAUGAGUCGAGGAGAGCACCGGCUGGCCUGAGGUGAGCGCCAAGAAAAGCGUCCGCAAAACAUCAUGCUUGAAAUCCCCGGUGCAAAAGUCGUCCUUUUGUUAGCUACGGUACUGUUUUGUCUUUGAUUGAUCUUAGUCAUCGUUUUAACGUAACAGUUGUGUUCGUUUUUGUCAAGCUCUCCCGCCGCAGAGCAGCUCUGCUCGAAGGGCGGCAGUAGAUCGAUAAUUGACAACGUCACCGCACGUUUAUGUCAAACGCCACUUCUGAUGGAAUUGGGAAAGAGAAUAGUUUGCCCUCGUGAAUCCGAGUUCCAUUCGAAUCGGGCCUCUUUAUUCCGAUUGAGGCGUUUAUAUGGAGCGUUUUCUUUCUGUUUGGGUUUUCAAUGUCUUUCGGAUCGGAUUACAAGACUCCAUGUAAACCCAGUUUAUAAGAAAAAAAAAAAAAUCAUGAUGCAUUAGAUUUAAAUCGCGCACAGUAGAUGCAUCAUUGGCGCCCUCUGGUGGCCGCAGCAGCCGGUGCAGGCUGACGGUUAGCGGAUGGCCGGCCCUGGUUUUAUUCAAAUGAAGCAAAAACGGGUGAAGAAUCUUCCGAGAGCAGCAUUUGUUUAUCGCGGCAAAUUAUAGAAUGAUAGAUUGCACUCUUAUUGAAUCAUCGGGCAAAAUAUGAUUUAGCUUGAAAAGUGCCUUCCUGGGGGAUUUCUCCCAAACUAAAAAAAAAAAAAAAAAAAAGGAAGGGAACAGGUGCUGGGAAAUGUUGACUAGCCAUCUUCCCCUUGACUUCAAUUACUCCAUGAAAUGGUUGCGUGCACAAGCAGAACGGAAGUUGUGGACUUUAGUGACGUCAGCCUCAUUUGCACUUGAGAGGUUUUGUACCUCUGGGACCGGAAAGGGGGCGGGGCUUUCGUCAUAGGCUCCAAACUGAAAAGGACUGCCUUAAUUAUAACUUGUUUACAGUGUUGGAAACUCAGUGCAGAACCAGAACUAUGGAAAUUACGUGAAAGUAGAGUAGCUUACCUCGCAUGUGGCGUGUUGGAGUGAGGCUUUCGGGAGAUGGUCAGAGUUUGAGCCAUCAAGUUUACACAGGAAGACCCUGGCCAAGAUGGCGCCGGCCCGAGCACUUGGUGGGCUUAAUUUAGCCGUGCUCGUUCUUCUGGCCCCGAACUAACGACUGAAUCAAUCUCUCACAACGAAAGUCAUAUCAUUUGCCUUUUCUCAGACUCCCAUCACGUUGCACAAUUUAUAGGACUCACUUUGCUCGUGGCACUUGGAAGUUAAUCGGCGUCAUCGUUUAGCAAGUCUAACUUGAAUUAUGUUGCGUUUCACUGGCCGUAGUCUAUUUCUUAGUGUCGCUUGUUUCAACCUGGGUGUAUUUAAUCAGCUAUAUUCCAAAUCUUCUCCGGCGUGUUCCUCAAGCGGACGAGAGAUGUUACCUCCUGCUUCUUUCUAGCACCCAACAACCUUAUUGCUACAGUACAGUGACGUUUCUGUCCAUGUCGAUUUUGGGAACACGAAUGAGACCCAUCUCAGUAUUUUUGACUUGUUAUUGUGGGUUUGCUGCUUUAAUAUGUGAUUUUUUUUUUUUUUUUAAAAACACAGAAUGUAAUGAGGUAGUUUGAACCAAAAAAAAAAAAAUUAAGAAACUCAAAUAGAGGAACGUGCGUGACUGGACGACAGCAUGUGUGCUUGUCAUCACCCUGCUUUCACCUGAAUUGUCCAUUUAUUUAUUUUUUUUUCUGCAAAUGUGAAGUUCAGUGAAAAACGAGGCAUGGGGUUGUGUCUCCUUGUGUGGAUUUUGUUGUGUUCUUUUGUGAGAGCUAUUAUAUGACAGAAACAAUUUACCUCAAAGUUGAACUGCCUCAUCACUUCAAAAUGUCCUGUUGCUUUCUGAGAUGUUUUCUGCAAUUACAAAUGCGUUGCCCUCGAUAUUCUGCAAACUUUUUACUGUUAUUAAAGUUCGGGUUAUUGUUAAAA